CUUCAGAUCUGGACAGAUGAGUUUCUGGUUUGGGACCCGGACCAAUUUGAUGGCAUCAAUGAGAUUUCGCUGUCAUCUGAUGCCAUCUGGAUACCCGAUAUUAUCGUCAAUGAAUUCGUGGAUGAGGGGAGGUCGCCGGCCAUCCCGUACGUCUACGUCAACUCGUCGGGUUGCGUGAAGAACUAUCGGCCCAUGCAGGUGGUCCUGGCCUGCAGUUUGGAAAUGUACGCCUUUCCCUUUGACAAGCAGAACUGCAGCCUCACCUUCCGCAGUUGGCUCCACUCAGUGAAAGAAAUCGACUUGGCUCUGUGGCGUAGCGCAGAGGCCAUCGCUAACGAUCAGAGGGAGUUCAUGAAUGACGGCGAGUGGGAACUGCUUUCCAUACCGUCGCGCUACUGGCGCCUCCAGCAGGACAACGCCGACUACGCCCACGUCCGUUUCCAUGUACGUCAAGUUUGAAACGGGUUAUAUAUAGAAAUCUCCUCUAACGCUUAUCGGGCAUCCGAAUGGUGGAGUAACUUGUGAAGUGUAAAACGAGUGGUUGUGACCUUGGCGGAUUGGUCGAGCGAGCUAACGGCAAAUGAUGAGGCUCAGGCUGUUUUGUGGCUGGCGAGAAGAAGAGAGGCUCUGAUAGACAGGGAAAGGGCGAGUGACCAUAAUGAGACUGUCUCAGCGGCUGACUGAUCAAUGGACGUCUUGUUAGCGGCGAGGCAAAUGGCCCCAUAGCCCUUUUGCAGGUGGAGCGCCGGGAUGGCUGCUAUUCAUGCUCCUCAAAGGAGCCGAGGGCUGUUUGAUGAAGGAGGACUUCAUGGAUCACUGAGUAUUAAAGAUUUUUUUUUUUUUGAAACAAAGUCAUUCAUUUUGGUACGGUAUCAUCUACAAAUGAUGGUAUUGCUGCACGAGCUUUUCCCCAAACGCAUUUAACAUGCGACACUGCACAGCUUGGAUGGAUGACAUUACACAUCAGCCCUCGAUGGAUCUUUCAUUAAAUAUGCCAGCCAGAUCAAAUCUGAGCCAAUA